AUUUGCAUAAGAAUCUGAAUGGUAAGAUCAACAUAGUCUCAGGCUCAAGCUUAAUUGGCACUUUGCACUAUUUCCAAAUAUGGGAUCAUGUGAGAGACCAAAAGCAGAUGACAGACUGCAUCCCAGGGAACAUUGUCAGCUGGCAAGGCAAUUACUGGAACUUCAGCGAUGGCAUUACGGGUUCCGCCCUUCACCUACCUUGUGGUGAUUGGGAAGCGACUUCUGCUGUUUCACCAACAAAAACCACAGCACCUGAUCCCACAGUUUCAGAAUUUUCAGGUCCCACAAUAAAUGUUACACCUGAUGGCACAGUUGUAGCUACUAAGGAUCCUACUGAACAAACUAUUUUUACUUCACGAUCACUUGAGAUGACAACUUCAAAAUCCCCAGCAACAGAGAUUCCUUCAACAGUUUACACUGAUGUGGUCACAACAGCACCUUUUCCUGAUCAGGCAACAGCAAAGUCCACUUGGAGUGUGCCGACUUCUCAGUAUGAUAGGACAACAUCCCAACACACCCAGACGGCACUCACCUCCAAGCCUAACCAAGACACAACCACUUCCAAACAGGAUGUAUCUGUACAACAACCUGACACUCCUCAAUUUACCAUCACAAAGCCAUCAGAGGGAUCUUCUAAAGUGACAACUACAUCUACAGAUACCAACACCAUACAGUGGCCUUCGGAGCCUUGCCCUACACAUGUUAUGCCUGUUUCAGUAACUUUCUACAACAUCCAAAUGAACUUUUCAGUGUUCUACAAACCUCUGAAGACGUUUGAUUACUAUGAUGCUAAGAAACUUUCUACAAACUGGUUUCAGAAGAUAUUCUUUAACUCUGAAUUUGUCGUUACAAACCAUAACAUCAAAUCAAACAUGCAAAUUAUCAUCCCACAAGGAGCAAUACAGACUAGAAUAAAGAAGUUGGAUGAAAAACAGGAAGUGCAAAGCUAUUCCUCAAAGUCCAUCAUCAAAGCCAUGUCCAACCUAACGGCAGAAGAACAAAAGGAGAAGCUCCAUCACCUCUUGGGCAGAUGUUAUAUGGAAGGGGAACUGUCUUUGGAGCCUGGAAAUGUCACUGUGGCUGUCUUUGCUCCAGGCACGUGCUCUAAAACUAUAACUGAGUCAAAAAGCAAGGGGAAAUUCAAGUGGCCAGAGAGGAUUCCUAUGGAGGUGGUGUAUGCAAACUGUCAGAGAAACCAAGAGCAGUCUGCCAGCAGGGCAUGUGUGAUUAAUAUCGAAAAGGGGGCAGCUUAUUGGAGAAGACCAAAUCUGACUGAAUGCCAGCUGCUCGAAGAUCUGCCAAAUAAUGUCAUGGCACUGAAGAAUGUGAUUGUCUCAGAGGAGAAUGCUGAGGAUGUUGCAGACCUCAUUUUGAAUCUGAUAAGUUCUUCUAAACCGAGUAAAGAAGAAAUUGAAGUCGUUCUGGAUAAACUUAAUGAUAUUGCCAACUGUGAAGAGAUCAGCGAGAUACUGGCGGAGAAAGCAUUAAAAAUUAUCAGCGUCUUAAUAGCCAAGGAAGUCAAUGUAGAGAACCUGCUAACAUUGGCCAGCAGCAUCUUAAAGAUAAUGGAAAAAAUAGGUUUCAAGAUGGACUUCAGUGGGAGAAAUGUGUCUGUCAUACUGCCCAGGCUGGCUUUGGCUCUGAUGCGUCCAGAUCCCAUCAGUUUCCAAGGAGUUGCUUUUGGGGUGACCUCCUACACGUUUCAGAAGGAUCCAGAGAUCGAUAUACGUGAAACUCCCUUCCAAACAGCCCUGGCUGCUGUAUAUUUGCCUGGAUCACUGAGGGAUUACUUAAGGGUUCAGUCUUUUGAUCCAAAAGACCACACAGAAAUCCAGUUCAGUUUCUUCGGCAAUUCUGCACUGUUUAAGGACAGCAGCUCUGUGGAGGAAAAGCUGAACACCUACAUUGUGGGUGCCAGCAUUCAAAAUGUUUCUGUCCAAAAGCUUCAGGAGCCUGUGAAUAUUAUUUUGCAACAUAUAGAGCAAACUAAGAAUGACACUCCAGUACGCUGUGUGUUUUGGGACUUUCUCAAGAAUAAUGGGAGAGGCGGCUGGAAUACAUCAGGGUGUGAAAUCAACUAUAGGACUACAAAUUACACAGUCUGUAACUGUAGCCACCUGACCCAUUUUGGAGUUCUUCUGGACUUAUCCCGGAGUCCAGUCAAUGCUGCCGAUGACUGGAUUUUGACACUAGUCUCCUAUGUGGGUUGUGGCAUUUCCUCCAUUUUCCUGGGAUUGGCUGUAGUGGUGUAUCUUUCCAUUGACAAUCUGCGUGGGGACUACCCCUCCAAAAUCCUCAUCAACCUCUGCUUGGCGCUGCUUAUGCUCAACCUUGUCUUUCUGGUGAAUUCGUGGCUGGCCUCGUUCCACAACCAUGGCCUCUGUAUUGCAGUUGGUGCCUUUCUCCAUUACUUCCUACUAGCAGCCUUCACCUGGAUGGGCCUGGAAGCCAUCCACAUGUACUACGCACUAGUCAAGGUCUUCAAUACUUACAUUCCCAACUACAUACUUAAAUUGUCCAUUGCUGGCUGGGGAAUACCAGCAGUUAUUGUUGCACUUGUCCUAAUUAUAGGAACAGACUUUUAUGGGACCACAAAAGACAGCCCACUCACACUUUUUUGCUGGAUUCAGAACAACACAGUCUUCUACAUUUCCGUGGUGGCUUAUUUCUGCCUGAUAUUCCUGACAAAUCUUUCCAUGUUCAUCACUGUACUUCGGCAGAUCCAUGCCAUGAAGAAUCAAGGGCGGGCUGACAGUUGGAGCCGCAGCUUUCUCCAUGACAUGAAGCGUGUAGCCAGUUUGACUUUCUUACUCGGCUUGACAUGGGGUUUCGCUUUUUUUGCAUGGGGACCAGUUAAGAUUAUUUUCUUGUACCUGUUUGCCAUAUGCAACACUCUGCAAGGGUUCUUCCUUUUCCUGUUCCACUGUCUCUUGAAGGAGAAUGUGAGAAAGCAGUGCCAAGUGCACUUCUGCUGCGGGAGGUUCAGUCUCCGCUAUUCUGACUGGAGUGGUUCUGGCACAACGUUGGGAUAUCGGCACCCAAGUAGCCCUGCUCGGAAUCCAUCAUCCCAGUCUUCACAUUCUGAUGGGACCAACUCAACAUCAAAUGGUUCAGGAUCUUUAGUAGGGGCUACUCCGAAUGUACAUGUUGAAACUGACCGAGUUCCUUGCAGGAUCGAGGGCGUUUCCUUAUCUUGGCAGCCUUCCAGGCUUUCUCGUGUGAGAAAAAUAUCGCCAAUGGAUGCUGAGCAGCUGCAUUACACUCAGAAAACCAGGCUUUGGCCUUGAAGCCCAGUUUGGAUCUUCGUGGCUUCAUGGCUGUUCAAUUCUUGUGGCUUCAUGUGCUUCCUUUCAAGAACCUGAGCUGUGAAGCUCAAAACAGUCAGUCAGAACUGAAGCUACGCAAUUAAUCAAGUUGUAGCUUCAGUAACAUCAGGGCUUC